AUGGGUAACGUUUCUGUAGUUGAAGAAAGAAUCGUGUACCGGACUGUUGAGGGGCCCGCUCCUCCACCCCAGUCACUGUUGGACCAGCCGUGGAGGGGAAUUGACUGGAACAACAAGAAGAAACUUCUGGAGGAGAUAAAUAGGUACACCCCAAAGCAUGGAGAGAAACACCUGCGUGUGCUGGUGUAUGGCCCGGUCGGAGCUGGGAAGUCGAGCUUCAUCAACUCAGCCGCCAGUGCUCUGUAUGAGAGAAUCUAUAUUGGGGCAGAGGCUCAUACAACAGACGCAUCCUCUAGAAGCCACACUCUCAAGUAUACCACACACAACAUUUUCAAAGAUGGAGGAUAUUCUGAUGAACCAUAUCCAUUUGUCUUCAACGAUGUGAUGGGGAUGGAAGGAGGAGACAGACUGGGCAUGCAUCCUGAUGACAUUGUAAUGGUCCUGAAAGGCCAUGUUAAGGAGGGUUACAAGUUUAAUCCAAUGUCUCCACUCACUGACAAAGACCAUGGUUACAACAAAAAUCCUACAAUUAAUGACAAAGUGCAUGUUCUGGUCCUCAUGCUGUCUGCCGACUGUUCAGACAUUGACCCCACUAUCAUCGAUAAAAUGGAGAAGAUCAGGCAGACUGCGCAUGACUUGGGCAUUCCCCAGAUUGCUAUCGGUACUCAUGUUGAUACACUGUGUCCUGAGAUUCACAAAGAUCUUCAAAACAUCUAUCGGAGCAAACUCCUGUACACCAAGAUAAAAGAGUUCAGCAAAGCCGUGGGACUCGUUGAGAACUGCAUCAUGGGAGUGAAGAACUACAGUCAUGAAACUGACACUGAUGACAACGUCAGCACUCUCAUUCUGCUCGCUCUGAGGAACAUGAUUAAUUAUGGAAACGACUAUAUUCGUGCACACGCUAAAUCUCUGAAGUGA